GUCUGUACAUCCAAACUUAACAAAAUUGCUCGGUGUAUUUUGUUUCUCCAUAUGCGACAGGGCACCGACCGAGCACAAAGGGUUAAAAUCAUUUAAUAAUAAUUUAAUUCGUAGGUACCAUACGUCUUGUAACUCGGUUUGAAACCCAGCCGGACUCCAGAGAUAACACAGAAAAACACCACUGCUUAGCCAAAAGCCAACUGUCAUUUCAAAUUGUUUCUGUGUUUGAAGAACACAACUAAUCCUCAUAAACGUUGCUGCGAUUUUCUCCCCGUUUUGCUGCUAGCGAAAAAAUAACACUUCCAAACACACACACGCACACACACACUGCCUCGCAUUUACGGCAUCAAAAGUCGUAGUUUUUCGACGAACACAAACGCAGACCGAACUGCAAAAACAUGACACCGUUCCGUGUUUGUUUAUAAUCGAUUCACACUAUACCAAGCGGGAUGAAGCCAACGCAAAGCUGGCCCGCAUAAAAGUGCAGAAGUGUUGUGUUACUCUCGUAGUGAUGAAAAACAUUACUCAGGUAAUGUGAAACCCAAUCGAUGACGGCCCGUAUGCUAAAAAUAAUAGGAUCUUCCAUCGAGCUGGAAGCUGCACGUCCGUGGUAUUGGUGAUGGUUCCGAAUUGUGGCGAAUUUUGGCAAUGUCAUUCGAAGGUUUCCUGCCGUAGGUGAGGUGUGCAAUUCGGCGUACAAUUUUUGGUGACAUCGGUUGUGCAAAGUGCACCCUUUGGUUGCCAUCGGCCGGGGGGUCAUCCAAAACUAAUCGUGUCUCUGUGUGUUUUUGUGUGCGCUCGCGCGUGUGUGUAAACUUCCGUUCCGAUGGGUGACGAGCUGGACAUGAACUUUGGGGGUUUACGGGAUAAGAAUGAGAUCAUCCGAAAGUACGUGGACAACCUGAACCGUCUCCGGCAUCUGGCUGCCCGGCGCGGUCAAAUUAGCGAGAGCGAAUUCAACAACUACCUGAUACGGCACUACUUCCACAACAAUAACAUCAUCAACUACAUCUUCGACAAACAUACGAGCCGCACCCUGCUGAAGACGGUGAUCGAGCGGAAGAAAAAGAUCAUCAACUUCAUUUUUCUGCUUCUCACGCUGUUCGUCGUGUUCUCGUACAAGCAUGAGGUGUCGACCAUUGUGCUGCGCAAUAUCCAGAGCUUCAUCUACCCGGGAAUGCGCUUCUGGCGCAAGGCCACGGUGCCGAUCAUCGCUUCGUAUCCGGCCCUCACCGAGUACUACGACGAAAGCUGCCUGCUGACGAACCCGUACUUUCAGGUCGAAAAUCUCAACUGUGAUCCGUGCGCGGACGUGGCCAACGUGCUAGAUUUCACGGCCGUACAUGAACCGCGCUCCACACUGGUCGCUUCGGCCGCCGUCAAUUAUCCGUACAUUUUCAAAACACAAAAAGACCUGAUCGACAUUGGCAGCCUGCAAGCACUCGUCGAACAGCAUCGGUCGGUCUUUACCAAGGAUGCGUAUCGGGUCCAAUCAACGGACGAUGGCAUCCGCAACUUGGACGAUCUGUUUCGUGUGUUUGCGAACGUCAGUGGCACGAACGGUGGCCAUGGGACAAUCGCCACACCCGAAAGCCACAAUGUGUGGCGUUGCAACCGGAUGGAGCCGGCCCGGUUGCUGCGAAGGUUGUUUCCACGCCCGAACCGACUGCCGGCGACGGGUGUCAGUUUGGAACGGUACCUGUUAAUCGAUACACCUCAGGCACCGCUGUAUAGUGUCCCCGAUGCGGAAUGUGCCAACAUGUUCGUCAUUCAGGGUAGUGGCAGCAGAACAUUUAUGCUUCGUCCCACGCAGGAAUGCAGGCAUCGCUGUCGGACACUUUCCGUCCGGUUGCCUCCUUAUUAUGGAUUGAUCUACAACUGGUGGUACUGGAGGCCAGUAUCGUUGCCGGAAUACAACGCCAAAACCCCAUCGAUUAGCUAUGUAGGCAGUUACUGCUGAGUAAUGAAAAGCAGCAUCACAUCAAUCGCCAAUCGGACGAUUUCCGCCUGUGCUGGAACUGUAAUGUACAGUUGGGAGAUGCAUUUAUGACUAGUUCCAGAGGAUUGUUUUACUGUAUCCGGCCUGUUACUAUUACUCAACGCCAGUGAUCGUGUUAACAAGAAGGUAGAAAACGAAAGCUCAUGCUGUGCACAACGUGAGAUGGUACAGAAUCUAAUUUUGGUAACAAGCUUCGCAACAACAACCCUCAAAUGGACAUACCGCGUACGAUAGGAAUUAGGCCAAGCUUUCUUAUUUAAUAUGUUGUUUAAAUUAUUUUUUCGGCAAUGUGCGCGUUCCUUGUUUCGAAACAAAAGGGCGAUCAGAAGAGGAUGAUAGAAAAAAAAACCAAAAGCAAACCAAAAGAGAAUCUAUUCAGAUUGGCCAAAACUAGCGAGCCUAAUGUUAGCACAGCACGCCAAUUAAUGUAUAUAUAGGGAUGUAUGUAUAUUUAAAGAUGUAGCAACUAAACAAACACACCUACUAAAAAAGCACGCGCAUAAACCGUAAUACCUUAAUGGCAAAAGCAACGGCACAAAGCGAACAUGAUCGGUUCAUUUUUUAGUAGCAUUGCGCCCUUUAUUUCAAAGAUGCCGAAAUGCGAGAAAGUUUAACAAGACAGUUUAUUGCUGCUCCACUUGCAUUGCGCACACACACACACACAUUAUACGCCAUGUGAUCUGCAUCGUUAUGAUAUUGUUUGGGAACGUGUGAUCGAGGGGAAUUUGAAAAAGGUUUUAAACCAAAAACAUGAGAUUUUGUAUGCUACACUAAUGAUAAACAGAGACUGGCAAGCGUUUUUUUUUGUUUGUUUUGUAAUGGUUUCGUAUUGCUGAUUAAUUUUGAUAUAGAAUAGAAAUGAAUGUAAGUUGCUGUAUGUGUAUAGGCUAAAACUACAGCAUCCGUCGAUGUACGUUCGGUGGGAAAAUUAAAAAUCUCCGUCUCUACUGGUACAUUUCUCCUACAUAAAAUAUGGAUCUGAUGGAAAUGUUUCUAAAUUUCACCAAACCCAGCAGGUGGGGUAAAGAUCGACCAUCAACAAACAGAUUAAACAUUUAAAACUCCUAUAGAAGGGGGUCGGCCAUCCAAACUCCCAUAACGACACAGAGAGGGCACAAGCGUUUAGCGUUUCCGUAAACCAAAUGCAAUCAAACAAAGCAAUUCAACACGGCCAUAAUGAAAGUUGUUUAGAUUUUUCUUUCUUUUUUAAGACGAGGCAAUUUAAUGCUAGCCAAACAACAAAACAGCAAAAGGGAGAAGAAUAUGUGUAUUGCAAGGAACAACUAAGAAAACGAAAUAUUUGUGUGAUAUGCUGCUUUAGAAAAACGUGUGGUUUGGGAGAGAAAAAAAAGAUACACACAUAUUUCAAUAUGUUUUAAAUUUUAUUCACAAAACAGAUUCUUGGUUUACUGGUUGGAAAUAAUGUUGACUUUACAGUAAUACAGAAAUAUGUUCUUAAUGAAAACAGUUUUUAUAGUUAGCAAUACCUGCAAUAAUGUUACUACUACUACUAAUAAUGGCAGUAAUUCUUAACGAAUGAAUUAUUUCUUGCAAAAACGAUUUAAAAAAUACAACUAAACAGCAUGAGACAAAUACAAUCACUGAAUCACGUCUGACGCCAAUGAUGGAUGGAAAUCGCCUCUAAUUCUCGCGUUAAACUUGCAUAAAAAUAAUAGCAGAAGCCUGAUAAAGAAGCAGCUGUAACAAGCGCACCGGGAAGAUUAUGUUGAAAGGUGAAAAAGAAAAAAAGCAGCCAGAAAAUAAUUUAAUUCCUUUAGUUUAAAAGGGAGGGCAUUCAGCAAAGAACCAAAAACAGUAAGAAACUAAAGAAGCAUAGAAUAAAAAUACCAAUCAAUUAAAAUUCAAACCAA